CGGGCUCCGGGAGGACGCGGACAUGGCGGCCAGCAGCUCUUCCGGCCUCGCGCAGGGCGCCGGCCCGUCGUCCAGCACCCAGCCAUCCUCGGCUUUCCCCCUCCCAGCUGCUGGGGCCGGCCACGCCAUGCAGUCCACCCCUGGAAUCCAGAGCACCGCCAGCCGGGCCCUGGCCCCUGCCACCCAUCCGCCUGCACCCGGAGGAGGAGUCCCCGUGGGGUAUGGCUGCUCCCAGCCCCGCGCCAGCCAGGACUCCACAUCCAACAGCCAGGGCCCUGUGCCCGUGGCCACCGCUGCAUCCACCCACCAGGAGGACAGUCACAGCUGCCGAGAGUCUAAGGGGACCAGGAGCCGCGCGGACACACUGCAGCAGCCAGACCCAGCCUCGCUCUGCCGGCCAGGCCCAAGCUCCCAGCGCUCCGACCGCCCACCGAAGCCCCAGCAGGGCCCGCAGAAGCAGCAGGCGUCCCCGACGGCUCCCCUGGGCUCGGACUCCUGGGGUGGCCCAGGCCUCGGGCCCUGGGACCCCAGCUUUACCAGCGAUGCGCUGCCGUUCCUGGACAGGCUGCCGAAGCCCCAGGCGGGCCCCAGGCCGCCCUCCAUGCACUACUGUGAGGUCUGCAGGGUCAGCUGCGCGGGGCCACAGGUCAGCACCGGCUGCGGGCCGCUCCGUGUCACCGUGGGUCACCGUGUCAGAAGCCGUGGCGGUGUGGUUUCUCCUGUCACGCCCGCAGGGAGGCAGGGGUCGCUGUCCCCACAGUCGGGGCGCCGGCCAGAGAGCAGUGACGACCGGCAUGUCAUGUGCAAGCACGCCUCCAUCUACCCCACCGAGGAGGAGCUGCAGGCCAUCCAGACGGCAGUGUCCCACACAGAGCGCGCCCUCAGACUGGUGUCAGACACGCUGGCCGAGGAGAGCGACCAGCAUGGCACCCUGGCACCUCCCCAACCACGGAUGCUCAAGGGUGUGGUGCGGGUUGGCAUCCUGGCCAAGGGCCUGGUCCUGCGUGGGGACCACAGCGUGCAGCUGACCUUGCUGUGCUCCAAGAAGCCCACGCACUCCCUGCUGCAGAGGAUCAAGCAGGAGCUGCCCCGAGAGCUGUCGAUAGUGGCAGAAGAAAAGUAUGAGGUCUCAUCUGACCAUGAUGCCAACAUCGUUAUCUCGGCCUGUGUGGAGCCCGGGGUGAAGGUCACUGUGUCUGCCACCUCGCCUCUGAUGCGCGAAGACCCCUCUGUAAAACGAGGACUGCAAGACUCUCUGUCUGACCCGGAGGACGUCCUGGAUCGGGAGAGGUGCCUCGAGACCCUGGCAGCUCUCCGCCACGCCAAGUGGUUCCAGGCCCGCGCCAGCGGCCUGCAGCCGUGUGUGAUUGUCAUCCGGGUCCUGCGCGAGCUGUGCCGCUGCCUGCCCCCCUGGGGGGCCCUGCCCGCCUGGGCCAUGGAGCUGCUGGUGGAGAAGGUGCUGAGCAGUGCACCCCGGCCCUUGAGCCCCGGGGACGCUAUGCGGAGGGUCCUGGAGUAUGUGGCCACAGGCGCGCUCCUGGCAGAUGGCCCGGGGCUACAGGACCCCUGUGAGAAAGGCCCACAGGACGCCCUGGAGCCCAUGACCCCACAGCAGCGAGAAGACCUGACCGCCAGUGCACAGCGCGCCCUGCGUCUCGUGGCUUUCCGGCAGAUACACAAGGUCCUUCGCAUGGAACAGUUACCUCCACGGACCAGAUUUGGGGCCCGGGCACGGAAGAGGAUGAGGGAGGCCAGUCAGGCCCAGGAGGGCCCUGGGGAGAAGAAGCGUGGCCGGCAGGGCACAGUGGGGCUGCCAUGAGCCAGCCAUCACCACAGGUCUGAACUGGCGCGGGCCCUCCGGCUGCUGGUUCCUCCUGAUGUGGGACACCUUUGCCAUUGGGUCUGUAGGUUUAUUCACAAUGCUGUGGUGACCCCCAUGCCCAUGGCUCUGUCACCCCCACCUCCACCCCCAGCCAGGUAGCAGCGACCUCCACUCCUUGGUAGUAACUCCCCUGACGUCAUAUGAAGCAGGUGAGAUCUGAAUCGCUUCCUUGAAAUGCCAGGAAGGGUGGCCUGGAAGAUUCUAAAGUCACGGAGUGGGAGUGGAGAGAGCACAGGCCGUGAUUCCCCAGACCCCAGACCCACCCACAUCCUUCACACAGCCCCUUACUGCACCCCAGCUGUGAGGACACAGACGGCCCCUGGGACACGGUCACCCCGCGGUGGAACCCCAGUCACUGAGUGCCUUCUGCUAGCCCAGGUUAUCCUGCGGACCACUGGGUGUGGGCACCCCCGAACCCCCAGUACCACCCAAGGCUUCAACCCUGCUCCAUUCUGCCUGUGGCUUUAAAGACCAGCUCGCACAUGGCGCAGCGCCUGGAGUCUGUAGAAUCAUCCAGAACUUGGCCAGAAUGGGAAUAAAGCGGAUCUGCCUGUG